AUGUAAUAACUUGAUAAAGAUAUUCUGGUUAGUGAAGUAGUUCAAAUUAGAAACACAAAGACAGGCAGUUAUUUGGCUGCUACAGGAUUUAAUACUUAGGAAAAGGGAUUUUUGUUUACUAGUACAAUAAAUAUAAAUAAUUAUUACGUGGUUGGAAGUGAUGAUCCAUAUAAUCAUUAUACACUUUGGACUAUAGUUAAAGUUUUUGACGAUACAAAUAGAAUAAAUUAUGGCGAUAUUGUUUUUCUCAAGAAUUUGAGUACUAAAUUGUUUUUGAUAUACGAAUUUGAGAAAUAGUCAGAAGUUUCUAAUUAAGUCAGAGUUUCAUUGAGUGAAAAACGAUAAGAAAAUUUUCCAUUGAUUUUGCAAUAAUAAGGAGAAUAUAUAUUUUCUUCCAAGUAAUGUAGCAUUUAGAGUAAUAUGCAUUUAAAGAUCUAAACUACAAAAUUAACUCAUUUCUUAUAGACCUCAAAUAAAAAUUAUACUUCUAAACAGGUUAAAGAUUAUAAGGAAAUAUCAUGUGGAAAGGAAAGUGAUUAUACUAAUUGGGAAAUUCUUAAAUUGAAUGAAGAGAGACAAUAAUUUUUUGAAAUUCAACCAACAUUGUAAUUGAAAAUAAAUGCCCAAGAAAUCCUUGAUAGUGAUAAAAUAAUAAUCAGAAAUUACAAAAGUGGAUACUCUUUACAUUCACACAAAAAUAAAUAUACAUCUACUGGAAUGCAAGAAGUUACAUGUUUUGGCUAUGAGAGAGAUGGUAUUGUUAUUUAUUUAACAUGAUAGUCAAUGAUUGGUGGGUUAUACAAUAAACUUACCAGAUGGCCUCAAAGUAGAUCUAAGAUCAAAUGCCUAUAAAUUUAGUUCAUUAAGAAACAAUCAAAUUUUUGAGUGUAGAUGAGUAAAAUCUUGCUAAAUCCAAGAACGGUAACUAAGUCAGAGCCACAUAAUCGUCUAUGCAAUAAUCAUUCAUUAUUUCAAGUAUUUCUAUAAUUAUCAUUUUAUAGCUAUUGAUAAUUAAUCUCUGAUUAUUGGUAAACCAUUUUUCUUGUUUUAUUAACCACUCAAUAAAUAUUUGUGUUAAGGACCAUCGAUUUCAGAAAUGCAAUAAUCCUAAUAUGAAGCUAUAAUGGUAGAUAAAAUAACAACUUCAUGUUUAUGGGUUAUUGAAAAAAAAAUUAAAUGA